AUGGGGAUCAGGUUAAUCUCCAUCCAUGGAUGGGGCUACCCAAGCCUUCGGGCUUCCUCCACAUCGUCCGAUCCUGUCCAGAAACUACGUUCAAGUUCCGCAGAAAUCAGAUCUGUUUCGCCAAACAACAAGAAGGUUAAUCGGGCCAAGUCAGCCAAUGCGCUGACUGAUAUGGUGGGAAGACCCGGAACAACGAAUGUUUCGUUGUCAGCCCUCGAAGGUCCCUCUGAAGAUUCCCUCUCAACAUUGCGCGACCCUCGAGAUUCUAGCACCUUAGAUUUAGUAGGCUCCGUUUCGGCACCACGACACCCCGAUUUGAGCAAUGAGGUGGCAAACCUCAGCAACAAGCUCAUCCAGGCCAUCAAUAAUCAGACGGUCUUGGAUGAUACGUUAGCCGCGACACGAAGGGAGUUAGAACUUACACGGAGCAGGAUUCGACAAAUGGAGGAACAGAUUCGCAAACACGAUGACGAUCUCUCCAGUGGCGUUCUAAUGAAGAGAGUGGAUGUGGAGAAGGAAUGGGCAAAACUCAAGGAUGAAGCGGCAGAGCAGCGAACUCAGCGUGUGAACAUUCAGAGGGAGAAAAAAGCCAUCGAGCUAGAACUCGAAACUCUAACCGCUGCUUUGUUUGAGGAGGCUAAUAAGAUGGUCGCCGCCGCGCAGAGGGAACGAGAGACCGUCGAACGGCGUAAUGAACAACUUCGAGCACAAAUUCAGGAUAAUGAAAUACUUCUUGCUUCCCAGCAAGAGCAACUAACAGAGUUGAAGACUGUCAUACAACACAUGAAUGCCGAUCGGGAUGAGAUACGCAGCCGUACGGAUGCUUCUACUGCACCUUCUUCCCCAGGCACAGCGCAACAACCCGCUAAUAACAUAAAUCGUUUGUUGGAGGCAAUGAACUUGGCUCCCGUCACGCCAGGAUCUGGAGAGAUCUCUCCAGCCCCCUCGACAAGUUUCUCGCAUUUAAUAAAGUCGGUUUGUCGAACAGAUAUUCAAGCCUUUGAAGAUUUCCGCGCAUUGCUACAGCUAUCUAAGAACUCCAAACCCUCAAGUCGAGUUAGCAGCGGGUCAUUUGGGGGAUUGAAUGUGAUUGGGUUCGGCAGUUUCACGGGUAAUAAGGAAUCACAGCACAAUCACUCGCAUUCUAAUGGAUCAACGAGGUCAAUCUCCGGCCUUCCAGGUUCUCCAAGCAACACUUCGUCACCUCGCGAACCACACACCGCGCUAAAAGAAAGCCGGUUUUACAAACGAGCACUGGCUGAAGAUAUUGAACCCACUCUCAGAUUAGAUAUCGCGCCUGGAAUAUCUUGGCUAACACGUCGUUCCGUUCUAAAUAGUAUAUGUGAAGGGGCUCUUGUCGUUGAACCCAUGCCUGCCAUCUCUGUGAAAUACUCAUUUCCUUGCGCACUCUGUGGAGAAGGCAGAGCGGGAGGGGAGAACAUUCGAAGUCAUCGAUUCCGUACAUCAGACAACGAAAACGCCCAGAGGUACCCAUUGUGUAUGGUUUGUUUGGAAAAAGUGAGAUCAUGUUGCGAUUUCGUUGGCUACCUGCGGCUUAUCGUUGACGGGCAUGUUCGCAUUGUAGACGAAGAAGAUGAGAAGGGAGCGUGGGAAGAGACCAUACGCCUUCGAGAGCGGGUGUUUUGGUCGCGAAUCGGAGGAGGUGUUGUGCCUGCUUUCAUCCAGUCGAAGAGUUCCGACAAGGGCAGUUCGAUCCGCAGCCUUGAUUCAUCUUAUCAGAAAUACGAGGAGAAGAUCGAGACCAAGCCUCUGGAUGACUCCUUCACGUCUAAUGAGAAAGCAAUCUCGAAUAGUCAUUCGGCCCAGAUUGGCAAUCAUGAAUCACCUAGAGCUGACGAGCCUGACAAGGAUAACGAGGUGGCCAACUCAGGGAUUGAAAUUAGCCUGACAAAGAGCUUAAGCAAUACUGCUGAAAAUGAGUCUCCCAAUGGUCUAAUACGAGACUUACCAAUUAAUGAAUAUCAUAUCCUGGAUCCGAAAAUAGUCUCGCAAGAGCAAUUGGACCCUAUCAGACCAGUGACGCCAUUGAGAAACAGCGCUGGGACAGAUCCAAAGUUGAAAGUUGCCGUUCUCAAGACUCCUGACCUUUGA